GCUCGAUGCUAAGUGGUGGCCUGGAAUGGUCGACGAUGAGCGCAACCAUGUCGAAUAGCAGAAGGUUGUCUCGCAGAUCGUGACCUAUAUGGCCUGCCAUUAUUCAAGGUACGGGUUCAUCAUCACAGACACAUGCCCCUUUGCUUUCAGGAUCACUCGUUGUCUUGUCAGUCCAGGCUUGGCCCUAGGGCGUCCUCGACGCGAGACUGCUGCUGCUUCUGGUCACCAGAGACAAACAUCCGAUAUCUCGAUGGCAUCGGGAGCUCAUUUAUCGACGAUCGUCAAUCUAUCGACAAUAAGCAUACUUUGGGCAGCGUUCCAUGUAUGUGAUAUUCCACCGUGAACACGGCCGGCAAUAGAAGAACCUC